CAGCCCAGCUGUGCUGAGUGCAGGUCGGCCGCUGUUUCAGAGCAGUGACCCGGUUCUGGAUCUGCCUUCCUUCUUCUAUAGCUGUACUACAGUCACACCACCCGCCCGAGCGAGAGAGAGAGAGAACGCCGGAGCACAAACGCGCUGAUUCCGGCUGUGUGUGAGAGAGCGGGGGAUUGUUCCAGGCUGUGAUUGUGUGCUUUUGUAGAGAAGGGGUUCUGCUCUGCUGAAAGAGAAAGAGAGGAAACCAGAGAGACCCAGAGACACAGAGAGAGAGAGAAUAACCUGCAGCACAGCGGAGCUGCGAGAAGAAGAAGUGCAGGCUGUGCGGCGGAUCGGAGGCCCAGCUGAGCUGAGCUGUGCUAGCUAAAGAACUUCACUCGAAACCGAGCAGAGAUACAGAGAGAGAGGGAGAGAGGAGACCCGGGCAUGGCGAACAUCGCGGUGCAGAGGAUUAAACGGGAGUUUAAAGAAGUGCUGAAGAGCGAGGAGACAAGUAAAAAUCAGAUAAAGGUGGACCUGGUGGAUGAAAACUUUACAGAAUUGAAAGGGGAGAUUGCAGGACCUCCAGACACGCCAUAUGAGGGUGGCAGGUAUCAAUUAGAAAUCAAGAUCCCCGAGACGUAUCCUUUUAAUCCACCAAAGGUGCGGUUCAUUACAAAGAUCUGGCAUCCUAACAUAAGUUCAGUUACUGGAGCAAUAUGUUUGGACAUUCUAAAGGACCAGUGGGCUGCAGCGAUGACCCUGCGUACAGUUCUGCUCUCGCUACAGGCUUUACUAGCUGCAGCAGAGCCAGAUGACCCACAGGAUGCUGUAGUUGCCAAUCAGUAUAAACAGAACCCAGAGAUGUUUAAACAGACCGCCCGACUGUGGUCUCACGUUUAUGCCGGCGCUCCCGUCUCUAGUCCUGAAUACACACGCAAAAUAGACAAACUCUGUGCCAUGGGCUUCGACAAAAAUGCAGUAAUAGUAGCUCUGUCUUCAAAGUCGUGGGAUGUAGAGACAGCAACAGAACUGCUGCUCAGCAACUGAGAACUUUGCUCCUCAUCAGUAGCCCACGAUUUCCCUAAUCACCUCUAACAUCUUUAAAAAAAAAAAAAAAAAAAAUCUGCUCCUCCUGCCCCGAACUCAUCCAUCACUCCACCCAGCAUGUAGAGAUCAGGUCAGAGUAGCGUGAUCUGAUCUACAGCCCUUUUAUUCACCAUGUUAUAAAGAGUAAAACUCGCCGUGGAUACACACAACUUCCCCACACAAAUAUUCACGUCCUGCACGGACCACGACGCGGGACGGUUCAGUAUUCCUCCAGCUUCUGCAAAUUAGAACUGCAUGUGGUGAUCAGGAUAACAUUCAUACAGCAGGUAAAAGUGGUGCAAGUCUUGGGCUGUUCAGAACUGAAGCGGUUGCGAUAUUGGUGGCUUCAAUUAGUUUGAACAGAAACAUCAGUACACAUAUUUAUGAGGUUUGUUUCCACACUAUCCCACAUCUGAACCCGUCCCUCACUGCUGUCGUCCAUUUGUCCUCUUUGAGAUGAAAGUCAGAUCUGGUUCUUCGUUGCCAUGAAUUGUGUGUAUAUAUAUAUAUAUAUAUAUAUAUAUAUAUAUAUAUAUAUAUAUAUAUAUAUAUAUAUAUAUAUAUAUAUAUAUAUAUAUCAGAUUUCAACACCACAUAUUGAAGUGAUUCAGUAUGUGGUAAUGAAGAUAUCAGAUUCAGUGUGUAUUAUGUCAUGUCGUAUACACUGCUGCACAAAUGACACAACAGAUGACAACAGCAGAUGAGAACGUGAUCAAAUUGGUACCACUUUUACCUACUGAGUGAAUUUCUUUUUUUUAGUAUAUAAGCGCUGCUGUAUGAGGCCAGUUUUAUGGCCUUAAACAGAUAUGUCAAUUUGAGACUUGGAGAAUUUUCGAAAUAUUGUGGAUGCUAGCACACAGAUGCAGAAUUAAGCUAAGCUCCUGUCUGGGAAACUGGUUUAUGUUUUCAGUUCCCACUUUAAAAUCAUGUACAUGAUUUGGGAUGACUUGGAUCAACAGAUGUGUAUAAGAGUGCAUUAAAAUAAAUGCCAGAUUUUUUGUAUUAUAUCUAGACAGUUUCCAAUUUUUUUUUAAAUAGUCUGGUCAGCCAAAAAACACACAUUAAAUCUGAUUUUUGCAAAUUGGAACAAUGAGGGUUAGUUGCUGACGCCAACCUUGACACCACAGCAACCCCUGCAGAUACAUUUGUGAUGUCCAGACAUGCAAAUCCAAUCUGAUCACUUGCACUAAAUUAAAUUAAAGAGGUAAUAUAUUUCUUUGAGAGCAGUUAAUCUUGUGCUGCCUAAAUCUUGUGCUCUUUAAAAGUCAUCAUGCUUCUCUAAAAGAGGUUUAGAGAGUCUUUACUGAGCAGCUGAACCCGGAACACUGAACCGAUCCAACGCCGUCCCCAGGACUGGAUUUUCGCUGCCAUGAUGUGCGGAUAUGGCUGGUUCAGCUCUGCCUUUUAUUUAUUUUUUUCUUUGAUAAAAAAAGACCACAUUCUUCUCCCUCUUGCUCUAGCAGUUCAUUUCUAAUACAGAACCAAACAAAGCGGAGAACAAAGUCCGUAUCACUGUCGCUUUAGACUCUCCUAAAGAAAAAAAGGAAAAAAAAAAAAAAAAAAAAACACCACCUUGCAUGGGUGACACAAAGAUGAUAGUAUGUGUAAAUACGUAUAUUAAAGGUUUGUGUACAUUCAGACCAGGGGAAAGUGUUAAUUUUUUAACUGUACAUUACAAAGGAAGAAUUAGCUUUUUGUUCAAGCUGGUCAUUUGAACAGGACGUUAAGAAGAAGAAUUUCGUAGAAAAAAGAAAAAAAAAAUCUGAUGUAAAACCUUCAUAACCCCACCACCUCCUACAUGAGACUUGGCUUAUGCUGCCUUCAUGUCAUGUCAGAAAUAUCAUUUUUCUGAUUAGAAUGCGAAAGAAUGCCACCACAAACAUGGAUUUAUCUGAUUUUUUUUUCACAAGUAUACAAUGUACUGAUACUUUUUUGAUCAAAAAAAAAAUAUCUUGUUUAGUUUUUGAUUUUUACUUUGCUCCUUUUUUUAAUUAUUGCAAAAAUAUUUAAUAUUGGAAACACAAAAAAACGACCAAAGUAGAAAAACAGAGAAAGUAUUCGUGGGUUGUUUUUGACUUUCAACUUGGGAAAAAAAAAAAACAUAUAUACGAGCUUUAAAGUCGUGAGUACAGUUUUUCUCGUGUUGGACUUGAAGGCAGCAUCAAACGCAAAAUGUGUCCUCCACCCCUCUACACUGUGAGGUUGGCCAGAUGACAUGGUGUGUGAUUAUAGUUAUUGCUAAACUACAGAACUGGCAUAUUUAGUUUUAGAUUUUCAUUUUUGUUGUUUUUCGGUGGUUGGAUGUGCUCCUAACCAAACCUGGUACCCUCUAAACCAUAGAUGUCAGACCAGGCUCGCAAUGGCCUACAGCCCUGCAGAACUAAACUGUACCUGUCUCACUUCAGCUGUGUUCAGACUACCAAGUCGAAUACUAUGUUUUUUUUUUGUUUUUUUUUUAAAGCAUAUCUGGCUUGAUUUUUGAUAGUCUGAACAGCCACAAACCACAUGAAAUUGGGUUUUUGCAAAAUGGAUCCAAUUCAUAUUCAGAGGUGACUAAUCAGAUUUGUAAAGAUAAGGUCUCAAUCCGGACGCUCUGACACCAGUAAAUCAGUAAAUAAUUCCUGGUAUUUAAUUAUUUAAGAGUAAAUGAUCUUCUUCAGUAACUAACAGAUAACUUAAAAUAUCAGAGAGGAUUGUUUUGUGAUAUAUCGAGUGUCACAGAACCACAGUCUCGUAAUGAUAUUAUCGUGGGCAAUAUUGUAUCGUAAGAUACCCUGUGAUUUCCACCCCUACUAAACACAUGCUGAAAAGCGUGUUCGGAUUGUCUAAAGCAGUGGGCAGGUAUGAGAUCAGUCUGGAGCCUCGGCUUUAUGGGGGAAUGAGUCUGUAACUAAAGCUGAUUGCUCGAAAUAUAUGUUAGCAGCUUUAGCAUUAUUGACAUGAUGGUGAUGAGGGUGGAAGGAAGCUGUGUUUUUUUUUUUUUUUUAGGUUUGAUUUUCUGUUGUUUUUUUUUAUAUAAAGGAAGUGAUGGUAUGCUGUACUGAUCAUCAUGAUCCUCUCUUCCUUAAACACAAAAGGCAGCUGUGUGACCUCUGACCCUUCGACAAAUCUACCGGAGUUGCCUCUCUUGGUUUAUUCCUUUUUGUAUUGGUUAUAAUUGACAUUGUGGGAAUACCUUCAUGACAUUAGACAAGACUAUAAAAAAGGAACUGUGCUGGUUUGCUUUUUUUGUUAGUGCCAAUUUUUUUUGCAACACAAUUAAGAUUUAUUGUGUCCUAUAAUCAGAUUAAAUUCUGAUUAUAUUACAUUCUGAUCCAGUAAUACAAAAAAUACAAAUACCAAUUUAGGCAGAGGUUAAAUAUUCAAUAGAUAGCUUUCAAUUUAUGGAUUAUUUUUUUAUUCUGAAGGUAUUUUAAAUUCUUAAAUCUGAAUCUUUAUGAGAACUGCAAGGUGUUAUUUUUUUAAACAUCAAAUUUCACCAACUUCUAAUUAUUAUUUUCUCAAAGUUCAAUAGAAAUUAUGGUGAACUGAAUUUAAAAAUACAAAAUAAAAUGCCUUCAAUACAUCAAGGAGCUUUAAGAUCUAUACAAAAUAAAAUGCCGUCAAUACAUCAAGGAGCUUUAAGAUCUAUACUAAUGAUGGUGAGAAUAUAUAGAAAUGAUCUACAGGAAGCAAUUCAGACCUGUAGUAUUUGAUCGAUCACUGAUUGGUUUAGGUGAUAUUCCCAAAGCAUUCUGGACGAGCAAAUUGUGCUAAUGCAUAGUGAUCAGUGUCCAUCUAAUGAUAAACAUCAAAUGUCAACAUCUGCUCUUUGCUGUCAAGCAAUAAUUCAAGAUAUAUUUUCUUUAAUCAAUUUAUCCGUUUAGAAACAUGAUCUGAUCAUCUGAAAAAAUGAAUAUGCCACUGGAAUAAUGUUUAAUUUAUAUUCAGAAAGACUGAUUUUGUAUUAUUUUGAUGAGAUUUGAUUCAUACUAGUUCUUCCUGUCGUGGUGGUCGAAAGAGUUCAGAUUCUCUGCCUGUUCAACAUUUAAAAUAGCAGAUUUCACACCGCUGCUCACCGCGCGCCGAGAAAAACAAACCUACCUGUAUCAGUUACAGGCCACACCCACUUUCCACAUCCUCACCUGUACAUAAAUCCAACCCCUUUUCUUUAAGGGAAAAAAAAAUAA